AUGACUACUUUGGGCAACCUGACACCCUCAAGCACUGUGUUUUUCUGUUGUGAUAUGCAAGAGCGAUUCCGGCCUGCCAUCAAGUACUUCGGUGAUAUCAUCAGUGUGGGCCAACGAUUGCUCCAAGGUGCACGGCUCUUAGGAAUUCCAGUUAUUGUAACUGAACAGUAUCCCAAAGGUCUUGGCAGCACUGUGCAAGAAAUUGAUUUAACAGGAGCUAAACUUGUGCUUCCCAAAACAAAAUUUUCAAUGGUUUUGCCAGAAGUUGAAGCAGCAUUAGCAGAGAUCCCUGGAAUCCGCAGCGUUGUCCUUUUUGGAGUAGAAACUCAUGUCUGCAUCCAGCAAACGGCAUUGGAAUUAAUUGGCAGAGGUCUGGAAGUUCAUAUCGUAGCUGAUGCCACCUCAUCAAGAAGUAUGAUGGACAGAAUGUUUGCUCUUGAGCGUCUUGCUCGUACUGGAAUUAUUGUUACUACUAGCGAAGCUAUAUUGCUGCAGCUGGUAGCUGAUAAAGAACAUCCAAAAUUCAAAGAAAUCCAAAAUCUUAUUAAGGCGAGUGCCCCUGAGUCAGGGCUCCUUUCCAAAGUUUAAAGAGGAUGUGGAAGAAGUGGAUCUCAUUGUCAUCUUUAAGGAGCAAGGAAAGCUGUAAGCGCACAUGUACACCUCCUUUCACUCAAAGUUUGGUAGAAGUUUAAAAUUAAAAAUUGACAUACUUGUGCUUGCCUUAGCGAAAUUGUCUGGUUAUACAUCUGGGUGCCAGUAUGUUCUGUUUAGUUACAGCUGUCAGAGGCUUUGGGUACCGUAAGACCCUUUUGUUGUCAAAUUUCCUUAUUUAUUUAAAAAACAGAAGUUAACAGAGGUGCCUGCUAGUCUACACUACACACUGAUUGUAACAGCUCCAAAAAGUGCAUAUUUCUGUGACACCUCUUGAUUGUGCACUUUGUAAAAGCGCUCUGUGACAUUCUGUUUUCCUUUUGUAUUAGUAGAAGAUAAUUAUAUAUUGGACAAAUGUGAUGUGAUAUGCUUUAAUGUUCUAUGUAAAUGAAGUAUUUUAAUAGGGCAUAAGUUAAAACUGACUAAGAU